AUGUCGUCAUCUAACAAGGCUCUUCAGUACUGGCUAUCCUUAGAUUUCUAUAAGGCCACCCGUGAUGAGGCGUCUUCCUUUAGCGAGGAGGAUAUCGCCGAGCACUUGAAUCCCGAGAAGCGUUUGGUUUUCGGCACUGCCGGUCUCCGUUCUCGUAUGGGUGCCGGUUUCGACCGUAUGAACUGCCUCACGGUGAUGCAGGCUUCUCAGGGCCUCUGCAGAUACCUUGAAGGGCAGUUUGGCAAGGAAGCUCUUGCCAAGCGCGGUGUUGUCUUCGGCUUUGAUGGUCGUUACAACUCCAGACGUUUUGCUCACGUUGCGGCUGCUGUGUUCCUUUCCCAGGGUGCUAAGGUCUACUUGUAUGACAAGGCUACUACAUGCACUCCUUUCAACCCUUACUUGGUUAAGAAGUACAACUGCUGUGCCGGUGCUCAGGUCACUGCUUCUCACAACCCCAAGAUGGAUAACGGCUACAAGGUCUAUGCUGCUAAUGGUGCUCAGAUCAUACCUCCCAUGGAUAGUCAAAUUUCUGAUUCCAUUGCUAAGAAUCUUGUUCCAUGGAAGGAGGCUCUCGAGCUCUUGGAUGUUGAUGGAGAGUGUUAUCUUAAGGACACGUCUAAGAUCAUCGAUCCCUAUGAUGAUGUUCUCUUGACUUAUCUCGACCAGAUGUAUCAUGAGCUGUGCCGAUUCCCUGAAGAGAACAAGAAGUGCACCUUGAAGUUCGCUUACACUGCCAUGCAUGGUGUCGGUCUUCCCUUCACUACUGGACUGUUGAAGAGGUUCAACAUCCCUGAUGAGUGCAUUAAGCACAUGCAACUCGUGUCCAUUGGCCUCUCCAUCUUCAUGUCGGCUUAG